UUCCUCUCUCAGAGUCUCACACGCCAUUUCGCAUUCAUGACCAUGGCGGCCUUUCUGUCUCGCUCUCCAAACCCUACACUCGCCACUUCAAUCACCAGAUCCUCUCUUCCCACUGCUCCUCACUUCCUCAAAUUCCCCAACGUAUCCCCAUCCCCAACCCACCCCGUCAAACUCAAACCCCUUACGGCUCAAUCCUCACGCUCCACCCCAUCCUUGACCACCCCACGCGCCACCGCCACGCCGUCCUCCUCCUCUCCCUCCUCCACGGCCGCCACCUCCUUCCACGGCCUCUGCUACGUCGUCGGCGACAACAUCGACACCGACCAGAUCAUUCCCGCCGAGUACCUCACCCUCGUCCCCUCCAAGCCCGCCGAGUACGAGAAGCUCGGCUCCUACGCGCUCAUAGGCCUCCCCUCCACCUACACCACGCGCUUUGUGGAGCCCAACGAGACCAAGACGAAGUACUCCAUCGUCAUCGGCGGCUACAACUUCGGAUGUGGCUCGUCCCGCGAGCACGCACCGGUGGCGCUGGGCGCAGCGGGGGUCGCGGCGGUGGUGGCAGAGUCCUACGCGCGCAUCUUCUUCAGGAACUCGGUGGCUACCGGAGAGGUGUACCCUCUGGAGUCGGAGGGCAGAAUCUGUGAGGAGUGUAAGACCGGCGACACGGUAACGAUCGAGCUCGCCCAGAGCCUUCUGAUCAAUCACACCACCGGCAAGGAGUACCGGUUGAAGCCGAUCGGGGAUGCUGGCCCGGUCAUUGAGGCCGGUGGCAUAUUCGCUUACGCCCGGAACACCGGCAUGAUUCCCUCCAAUUAAGUGUAGAGAAGAGGGCCUUUUUAUGAGGCACAUGGUGCUUUUAGCGUCGGUGAUGUUCAUGGAUCUAUUCUGCCAGAUCUUUGUUCUCGUGAUUUUUCUCUAAUAAUAAUGGACCAUUGCUCCUAAAACACCCUUGUUUCUUCAUGUGUUAUGCAUGUUUUCACUAGGACCUGCAGUUGAUAGUGUGCUGUAGCUUAUGUAACUUAAGAAAACAUUGCUGUUUGAAGUUGGAUAUAGAACUUAUCUAGAGUCGUGUUUUUAGCU